AAUUUGAAAUAGUCACAAUUUUGUGCCGUCGAUACCUUUCUUCUAGCGUGUGGUAAUGGCAGCUGCUACUUGGCUCCAUUCUUCUGCCCCUUCCAACGCUCUCCGCCCCUUUCUCCGCCGCACAGCAGCUCUUCUCCGCCCUAACUACCGGCGGAUUCAUCAGUUCACUUUAAUUUCUCCGAUAACUUUCUCCUCUGACAAAUAUAAACCUCUGGAACCGUUGGUUCGCUCACGGGCACGGCGAAACUUAUCUUCCAUUAUCAAAGAUGAUGAAGUAGCUUCUCCUGAUGAUUUGCAUUUCGAGGGGCAGCUCAAAGUAGUGGAAUAUCCAGACCCAAUAUUGAGGGCGAGGAACAAGCGAAUUAAUUCCUUUGAUGACAGCUUAAAGAAGCUCGCAGACGAAAUGUUUGAUGUUAUGUAUAGAACGGAUGGCAUUGGGCUCUCGGCACCCCAAGUGGGGAUUAAUGUGCAACUCAUGGUGUUUAAUCCCGUUGGUGAACGUGGUGAAGGAGAAGAGAUAGUUCUAGUAAAUCCGCGUGUUGAUAGAUAUUCAAGAAAGCUGGUGCUUUACAACGAGGGUUGCUUGUCUUUUCCUGGGAUAUAUGCUGAUGUUGAGUUAUUGUUUGAUUUUCGAGUGGACUGGAACACAGUUGUGGGGAUUGCCAUUUGCAACACGUGUUGCCUUCACUUGCCAUUCUAUUCCUUGCUUAUGGUAGAACUCGCCCAAUCCAGUGGAGUACAAAAGAGGUCACUUAACUCACUUCCCUUCAUUAUAUGGAAUUUCUUUGUGGAAAUCAGCAUCCCUAAACAGAUUUGUUUGGUCUUCCUCAUUUUUUGGCUGUUGUGCUACUUUAUAAAAUAUCAUGAAACAAUAUAAAAUGUGUUAAUAAACUGAGCAAUGUGGUCUAAUUAGUGAUGAAAAUAUGCUUUGUAAUUAUGUGUCUUAUGUAAUUAAUUUGAUUAGCUUAUUUGUUUAUACUUGGAUAGGCUAGACAGGUGUUCCAAUAGAUUAGCUACAGGUAACAGGUUUGUCAGAAACAAUGUUAGAUACACUUCGUAUAACUAAUGUUAUUUACAUAAAUACUGGAAUCGGUGGCUCAGAUUAUUUUCCAUCCUUCAGAAAUUUAUUUUCUUCUCCAGAGACCAUUAUAUCAUCAACAUAGAUAAGAGCAAUUAGCAUUGCACUGUUGGUGGAGAGAACAAACAUAGAAGAAUCAGGUUUGGAACCUUGUAAACCCCACUUAAGUAAACAACUGCUAAGCUUAUUUUACCACGCCCUUGGAGACUUCUUUAAGCCAUAGAUAUCCUUUGAAAGUUCGCAAACAAAUGAGGGAUUGUGGUGCUAACAAAUCCAGGAGGUCGUUCCAUGAAACCAACCUCAGUUGGAUCCCCAUUUAAAAUGCAUCAUGGAUCUCUUAAAGACGAGCGAAGGGAGAGCAAUUGUGAUGACAAGUCUAAUGGUGAUCGGCUUAACUACAGGCUGGAAUUCUCAUAGUAGUCAAUGCCUAGUUUGAUGAUAUCCCUUAGCAUCAAGCUGUGCCUUAUACAUCUCAAAACUGUCAUCAGGCUUAAAUUUCAACAUAUACAGCCAUUUACACCCAACAACCUUGUGAGUAGCAGGAAGAGGAACUAGAUCCCAAGUGUGGAUCUGCAUUAGAGCCUGAUAUUCAGAAAGCAUAGUUUGUUGCCACUGAGUGGGGGAAGCUGCUUGCGUAAAUUAUGAGGUUCCACAAGAUUUUUAAUGAGUAAUAG